AUCUGAGUCUGAAAAUAAAAUUGGGGAUCCAAGUGCAUUAGUUUCCGAAAGUGAUCCAGUUUAUCAUCGAGAAGCAAAUGUGACCGAACGGUUCUGAUAUUUUCCGUGCUUUUUGCCCUAGUUAAACCUAUCUAUCAAGCAAUUUUCAUGCUUCCUCUCAGUUGGAUCGUUAUCAUCUUGCUGGUUCUUGUGCUUUUCCCAUCCUCGAUCUGUUCUACUAAUUGGACUGCACAAGCCGGUUCCAGAACCAAGAUUACCGAAGAUGAGGCCUCCUCAGGCUCCGCCAAAAAGUCCUCCCUAUUCUCAUCCCACUUGACACCGUGGUAUCUUUCUCAAAAUUUUGACAUAAGUUUGAAGCCCUUUGUCCAAACCCUCCGUUCCACCGAGAAUGAUCGAUACGAAGCAGUACUCCGACCAAGCGACGAUCCCAAGGACCAAAAGGAAAGUGUUUCCGUUCCCAGUGUGAUUACUCAAAGACAUACGAGAGCCUUGAACGAAGAGGGCUUCCUUUCCUCUUUGACAGGAAAGCGUCAGCCAAAUCCAGCACGACUCAACAAGAACCCCAAUGAUGAGGACAUUCGACAGCUUAAGGAGGAACCAAGCUCAUAUUUGUUUGGUUCAAGUGACACUUUGGAUGCCCUGCUCCACUUUCUGAGAGUGUCUGGUAGUCCGGUAGAUGGAUUGUUGGAAUUGCGAAGUCUGCUUCUCAUGCAGAAACAGGAAAAGAUCACCCUGACAAGCUUGGUGGAUGAGAUGCGAGUCAAUUUGCAAGGUAUCAGAUACCAAUUACGCCUCCAGUCUGAGGAGAUUCAAGUUCACGCUGAAGAAAUCACCCAUUUGAAAAUGGCACUCGAUUUGGAAACGAGUCGUCGGUCCAAACUAGAGGUUUUAUUCCAACUUCAAUCGUUCCAACGGAAACGAGACCACAGUUUAGUUGCACCACAAGUCGAGGAUCGUUCCGACCAACGAGGAAAUGAUGAAAUCAGAGCCCAUCAAUAUACGAGGAACAACUCGAGGAAAUGGAAUUCUUCGAGCUCGGGCGAUUCUCAAUUUCAGCAAGCCACCCUAGAUUACGACCCGAAUAAACCAUCAAUCCUAGACAAUCUGCAAAACGAAGGAGACCGCAAGUCCAGGGACAAGUCCAGGGCUACAAGGGCUGCUGCAGCCAAACGGACUCAAUCAGAUGUUUUUCGUGGUUUGAAACUUUUACCAACUUUAUUGAGGGCGCCAACGAGUUUCGAGACUCCCCCUGCACGACGAGAACACCAGAGAAGUCUUGUCCAGUCAACAGUAACGAACCACAGUAUCGGCAACAAAACAUCCCGCACAGACCGUGCAAACCCGACCAAGAGGAAAACCCAAACCAUGGUCUCUCAACUCAAAUCACUUGUUCACACACUCGAUCACGAACUGCGCUCAGCUGUGCAUGUGAUUUGGGGACCAAGGAACUCGACAGGCAGACCCGAAACUGACCUUCUGGACGGUUUGUUUGAAGACAUGAAAACGACCGUUGUCCAUGUGAUUCGAGCUUUACAAAACCCAAGGUUCAGGCUACUAAACAGGCCCAGGGAGUUGGCUUUGCUUGAAAAGAUUUUCCUGGAAUUCCAAAUGCGUGCUAGUACCUUAUUGACACGAAAGGGAAAGCCCGUUUCCAACCAUGGAUCUCGGAAUGAACUUGACGGAGCUUUCCAGAGACUAAUGGAAGUCACUGUCGAACUAAUUGUGGAUUUACGGGGGGACGUUAAUAGGCUCCAUGAGGGUCAACUGAAACAGGCAAGAGAUUUAGCAAGUCUGAAGAGAGCCCAAUCGGCUUGGCGUGACACUUCGUCCACAAGUUUGGCCAUAAAAGUUGACCACCUUCAGAGAAUGGUUAAUGAGAGGCUGCCAGAAGUGCUUGGACUCAUGGCACAAAUGCUAUCCAAGGACUUGGAGGCGAAGGAAUCCAUCCUUUCAUUGACAAACGAAGCAGGCGAAAGGCGUAGGAACGCCUCUCUUGGUCAUCAACGCCUACAUUCAAUGAGAGAAAACGCGAGGCAAGGCUUUAUCCCUUCCUAUUUGGUUGAUGAAUCUGACCUGGUAAAGAUAAACAUCGCGCGGAGACAAGUUGAUAAGAAAAUAAACCAAGUCCAAGAGAUCGCUCGACAAACAUCAGGGAAAGAGGUCAAGCAGCGCAAAGAGCUCAACCAAAUUAUCAAUGGACUUCGACGACUCUCUGGCGCCAUUGAGAGCAAAACGCAAGCCCUCGGGGAAGCCUGGCCAAGAAGACAAACCCAAAAGAAAUCCUCGCUGUUCUCUUCAAGUCAUCCCAUUCAGAAACGGAUUGGGCUUGGAUCUCAAGAUGACAAAAAGGCUCAUUUUGAUCCUGCUCGAGCUCAGUUGUUGUCGUCAAGUGUGAGGAACGAGUCGCCUCGCUCUUCAUUAGCCCCGGAAGCUCAUGAGCUAAAUGAUAGAAUACCACAGACCUUACUCCAACUUGUGGUAGCCUUAUCCAAGCUUCGAGACGUCGAGUCAAAGUCAAGAAGGAACACCACAGUAACAAAUGACAAACCCACAAGACGAGAACUAAUGAAUAGACUGGAACAUUUCGAAUACGACUUGAGAGCCUUGGAAUCCAGGUUUGACAUUGUGGAAAGGCAGACACGGAAGGGAAGCGCAUCAAGCUCCACUGUUUCGCCAACAUCUUUUACAUCCGACAUUUCCGGGGGUUCGAGCUUUAUAAGACACUUUACACCCUCUAGAAAUCGUUUCAAGUAUUGGGAGAAGCGAUUGCGAAAACUCGAAGACAACUGUGCCCAAUGUGCAGACAUUCGGGUUAGCAUACCGAAUGCAAGUCAUGGAGAAUUGGAAAAUGGCCUUCAUAACAUCAGCUCACUAGAUUUGUUCCAAGAGCAAUUAGCCAGAUCUUCAUCCAAGAGACCGGAGACAAAAUUAAUGGAGACGCUGAAUGAGCGAGUCAAGUGGCUGGCCAAAGGGCAAAAUCUACUCAAAGAAAAGAUGAAUGCCUUGCCUCAACAACCCUAUUCUCAGGUAGUUUCCGGUAGGAUGUUUGAUUCAACCCCAAACUCCUUGGCAUCAAAAGAAAGGCCAGAGAUGAUGAAGCAAGUAAUUGAAGUGCUAGGUUCUAUGGACUCGGCAUUGGAUGUCUAUCAAAAGAAAUUGAAAACCUUGAUUGAUUCCACUCCGUCCGAAUUGUUGUUGGCAACUUUUGAGCAAAAAUUGGAUCACGGAAACAAAGAGGAGCAAAGAUUUCGUCGCGAUGUUCUCUUUGUUCUCUCCGAGUUCGAAAGAGAAAUUACGCUCAUAAAGACAUACUUGAUCAAUUCAACAAAAACAUUUCCGAUCAACGUGACACAUGGGUCCACAGCACAUUUGCAAAGUCACCCAGGCAACGAGCGAAAGGCAUCAGAGGAUGAAAGCGAAAUGACCAAACUGAGGAGGGAUGUUAACAAGUUGAAAGAUUUGUUAUUGCCCAAGAGCAACCAUAGACCCAUCAAUCCUUCUUGGAGCCCAGUGUUCCCGUCCAAUGACACAGCCUUGUCACAAGGAAAGACAACGAGAAUUUAUCUUUUACUUGCCAAACUUCAUCUCGACCUUGAUGCAAUUCGUCUUGACUUGAAAAGGCAAACAUCAGUCUCUGAAACGAAGAGCAUCCUACAUUUGAACCAACGCGUGGAUCGAGUAGAAGAGACCAUUCGAAGUGUUAUCCCAUUGUUCCAAACCAUGAAAAACUUAAGUUGGCACAACUAUCUGACAAGGAAAAUGGCGUCCCAAAACGAUAGAAAGCAAAAGAUAUUUCUACAUAAUUGGUGGGGAAGUCUUCGAGACAUCAGCGGGAUCUUGGAAGUUGCUCUAGGAGAUCACUUACAACUUCGAAAUCAUGUGGGUAGGAUCCAAUCCUUCUCCUCCAGCUUCCAAGAUAUUAAAACUUCUUUGAACGUCAUCUCUCAGAAGGUCCAAACUUUAUUGGUCGGCCUCGACGCUGUUUUGCCUGGGUCUACAAAUCAUGCUAGAUCGCCAGAAUCUCGCACUUUUGGACAGCCUCGGGUCGCACCUUCCUCUACGGUAAAGAAAAAACUCUUGGGUCUCAGCGAAUCCAUUGGAGCUCUUCACUCAAGGGUCGAUCGUCUUCCACCGGUUAGAACAGCUAACCAGAUCGGUUUGGCCGGAAUGAGACGGGAAAUUGCCAAGCUGAAGAAUCAAGUGAACCAGUUUUUGCCUCUUUCGAAGUACAUUGACGAUAUUGGACCCCUACGUGGAUUAGGUAAACCCAAACUCGAUAAACUCAAAGGAAUCAUGCUCAGUGUUAAAGACGUCAGUAAGGCACUGGUUAGGGCCUUCGAAGACGUGGAGCGCUUGGAAAUGGUAGAUCGUAAAAUUCUCCGAUUAUCCGCAAAUGAUAUUUUGAGACUGACUCGAGAGCUCCACAGCAAUUUGGUUCAAAUCCGACGAAACAGUCAAAGGAAUACGAUGCUCUACAUGGGAGCUAGGACGUAUUAUGACGACAGAAUGGACAGGUUUGAGAGGAAACUGAGAUCCCUGACGAAUGGCUUAGGACCGUUAAAACGAGCUCUAGACGAAAAAAUAUCGUUCCAGUUUCUCUCGGCUCUGAUGAUAGAACGCUUGCGCCAAGAACUGAUCGAGACGGCGAGAGCAAUGAAUGAGUCCCAAACGACAGACAACCCGGCCCAAGGCGUGCUUGGUCCGAAAUUGCACGCUCUUGGAAGGUUGAUUAACCAAGUGCGUAGGACUCUUCAUGAGAGGCAAAUGGGCCAGGGGUCCUCUUGGUACCAUGCCCGCUUCCAACAUAUCGAGGAAGACUUGUCCAAUUUAGAGAGGAAACAAAAGAUGCUGGAAGCAUCAUUUGCCAAGCUCAGCAAUGUCUUAGCAACACUUGUUGACCAUUUCCCUUCCGGGAAAAGCCAACUGGACGAUCCUGUGCCAUCCAAUUUGGAGAGGCGUCUUCGCUCAUUAGAGCAGCAGACGAGACGACUUGCCAGCAAAUUGUCAUUAACUACCAAUCCAUCAUCAUUGCCCAACUCUCGCUCCAAGAAUGGUCGAGAAAGCCAAAGCCAGUGGUUGGCCCACAAAUUCCAAAGCCUUCGAGACGUCCUGGCUGAGCGCUUCGGGCGAAAUUUGGUGGCCAAGUUAUUCAAUGGAUUGGAAACGAAGCCGUCCUUUGGGUUUGAAAGCAAACAUAAAUUGCAAUUGCCGCGAGAAAUGCCGCACAUUACUACAUUGCACGAGCUCGGAAGCUGGCGGAAAGUCUUGAAACAUUUGGCUCGCCAACGGAACGAUAUCCUCGUCCGAGAGUUGUCCACCAUUCAUGAAGGAUUGAAUGUCCUUUCUGACCAAGUUAAACGGAUGCGAACCACUUCCCCAGGCAAUGCCAACCAAGUGAGAGGAGAACCCGAGCUCGAGCAGAUAUUGCGACAUGGUUUAACGGAAUUUCAUCAUAUACUGGAACAUUUGAGGGACUCGCAAAGGAAGGAGUGGGGAAGACAUGUGCGCUUGAUUCCCGCUGACUUGGCAGAAGCCAAAUUUGAAGAUGAACAAAUCAAGCACGUGUCACCAGGCGUAUCGAAGUCAAUGGCUGAGCGGUUCGAUGCUCUGAUUGACAAUUUCCUUCGCAGUAUGAACGAGAGUCGGCACAAAAUGGCUGAAAUCAUUCAACGCACCAACUAUGACAGAGCUGAUCAUCUCGCCCACCUUCAUAAGUACGUGGAUGACGUAGUUGAAUCUGCAUUAGCAUUAAAGAGAAGCAAGGCUCUCCAAGAGUACCAAGAAGUGUCCUCGCAACUCAUGAUGAGGCUUGAGGCAGAGAUCAACGGAGUCCGCCGCAAUCGGGACCAAGAUCCAAGCAGUGCGCUGAAAUUGCUUUUGGGGCAUGACUUUGCCCUUCGCCAAUUGAUGGAUUACAUCCUGAUGGUGGCUCGAAAGGUGGCAGCCAAAGGUUCAGACGUUGGUCAUGGUCACUUUUUGUCGGAUAAUUUGAUGGCUCGUCGUCCCGUUCCAGCUCAAACUAAGGAAGAUAUCCGCCAAAUACGGAGGCUCCUGGAACGCAUGAAAAUUAGAGGGGUGUUGCAGACCCAUCAAUCUCUAAUGGACUCGACGUCCUCCCAAAAUUUGAGUCACACCCUCACACGCCUGGAAGAUCGACUUCAAGCGGCCUUAGAUUUGGGACGAAUCGAAAAGGAUUCGCGCAGCAUGACCCUAAUGGAACUACGUACGGUGCUUAACAAAGGCGAGACUCUAAAGGCCGACUUAGAAAGCUUGCUGAAGAAGGCCAGAGUGGCCCAAAAGGUUCAACCGCGACUUUUUGUUGAGACCCACAAGGCCAAGUCGAAUCGAGCCGAGACGAACACUUUCCCUUCGAAUUUGUCAGAUGAGCCCAUUUGGACAUUUAAUGGUUUCCAAAGACAUCCUAGUCAGUCCCAAAGGUGGGAUUUGUUGGAUCCAGCACUCGACCCUCCACUCCAGGCACAGCCACAGCCACAGAUCCAGUCAAGACCUUGGUCUAAUGCCUCCUUUCAAGAGGCCGGGCCACAAUUUUGUUGCCCUUCUCUUUGGGCCCAAAUUCAGGAACAACAAUCGAAAUUGGUGUUGGUCGAGCUUAAUCUCAACCAAUCGCUCAUGGCUCAAGCGGAGCUUCAUCAUCUAUUCCGAGAUCUGACGACCGAGAUUCGUAAGGAUUUUGUCAAGAAAAUCGAUGCCACUGGCUGGAUAAGCGUCAUUCAAGGCAAUUGGCUCAACAUUCGUCAACUUAACCAAAGCUUGAGCCAACAUAUUUUGCAAAUGGCUCCCUUCAAUCAGAUGUGGUCCUCAGGGGUCGAUUCGGGCAAUCGCCCUCAAUUACAGCAUUAUCUUCCCAACUUGAUGUUCCCUGCCCGAUCUCAAGGAUUAUCAAAAGAAGGGAUGAGGAUGCUAUUAAACCCACUUAUGAAUCUUAAACCAGAUUGCUCGUCUAAAGGAGAGGGUUUCCAAAAUAUAAUCUUGAGCACUGGAAGACCUCUGCGAGUCCUUUGCAAACAUCACGGAGUUGUCAUCCAAAAUCGCCCCGGGCCUCAAAAUGCGAUCAAGUUCCAGAAAAGCUGGAAUCAAUUUGUGACAGGCUUUGGCAAGGUUGAAGAUGACAGUGGUUUCUGGUUAGGAUUGGAAACCUUACACUAUUUAUCUAACCCGCCGGGCACCCUCUCUAUAGAUCUGUGGCUCAAAUCAGGCCGAGAGUUUCACAUCACGUGCAAAAAUUUCUCCAUAGGAGAUCAAGACGAUGAUUUUAUCAUCAAGAGCGUGCAAUGCUUGGGAAACUUGGACUCCUCCGAAACUUCUUUCCCUUCGUUAUUCCUAUCUUCGGGUCGACGCUUUGCCACAUUUGACCAUUUUUCCAACAUUUCUUAUACGAGAGAAUGUUCCAAGCAGAUCAAGGGAGGCUGGUGGUUUCCCGCGGACCAAUGUCAAGUCGUCAAUCCCAACAUGGAUGAUCUGGCCACGGGCCAAGCGGGUCCGCUUGAUGGCCAUCAAAACGUCAUUCGCCGUUCCAGAAUGGUAUUUCAACCUGAAAUGGGCUCUCAUCCAUUUCCUAAUGAGAUUUUGUUGAUGAACAAUCACCCUCAAUCCAGCGAAUUUCUGAGAUACCCUAGCCUCCCCAAUAUGAAGGCGAUGGGCACAUCGAACGCCAUCACUCAACCAGCAGCGUCCUCCUCUGCUUCGUUUCCUGCGUCCGUCAUGUUCCCUGGCUUUUCUUCCUCCUCCUCGUCCUCCUCGUCCUCUUCGUCGUCAUCGGUGCUCUUUCCCGGCUAUUUGGGAACGGGAAUGCCCACCAUUCAGCUCAAUAACAUCAAUGUGUUUCCGAAAUCCUUGGAUGGGAGCUCUAACAAACAACCAAUGGAGCAUGGUGAUCAAAGACAGACUAGCCAAGAAAAGGAUGAUGAACAUCUCUCUUAUCAAGGGAGCCACCAAUCAUUCUAUUCAAUGGUAACCCCACCCAACCAACACGACGAGGACCAAUAG